CUUUGUGAUGGUGGUGGCAGAAGGUAUGUCGACGGCACGCGUCGCCGACGCGGUGGGAGCACGUGACACCGCCCUUCAAGGAGGCUUCCAUAUCGCGCAAGGCCACUUCACGUACCACUCCACUCCCGACGCAGACAACAGCAUCUUUGAACACUUCCACCGGUCUGCUGAAUCCUGGGCACUGUUUACGAAGGCGAUUGAAAGCUCCACACCACCUGUCAAGGUGAUUUACUUCAUUCGACACGCCGAAGGCGAACACAAUGCGGCAAAGGUUCGAUAUGGAGCCGACGUGUGGUUUCGAGACAUUGCCUGCACAGAUACGUACUUGGAUGCCUUACUUACAGCCAAAGGUGAAGCUGCAGCCGUCGUGACCGCCGGUCGCGUCGAAGCCGAGAUCGACCGUGGCAUGCCGCUGCAAAAGAUCAUCGUUUCUCCCAUGCGGCGGACACUGCAGACCGCGACAUCGAUUUUCCGGCGACAAAUCGGUCACGUCCCGUUCGUGGCGAUGGAAUUGUGUCGGGAAACCAUCGGCAUGCACACGUGCGACAAACGGAGCCCGAUCUCAUUGCUGGCACCACUGUUUCCAUCCGUCGACUUUUCACACAUUCAAGACGAUGCUGACAAACUGUGGCGAUCGGACACGCGGGAAUCUCUUGACGAUAUCCAAGCACGCGCCGUGGCCUUCCUUCGUCAGUUGCAUGCAGACGUCCCCGACACUUUCAUCGCGGUGGUGUCGCACGUCGGCUUUAUCACGGCAUGUCUUAGGGUACUUCACAUGCCUGAAUACCGCGUGGGCAACUGCGAACUCGUGCCCGUCGUUCUGGAUGUGCAUGGCAACCACAGCACCUCUCCAGAAGUCGUCCCUUACGACGUAACCAUCUCCUAGCACAGCACGACCUCCACCGAGUUGGACACUGCAGGAUAAUGCAGCAAUGGCCAUUUGAGGGAAUAAGUAAAUGAUUGGACGGCAGUCUUAAGAAAGUCCAGUGUUGAAUUGCCGAAAUGCGCACUUGAAGCAUUUGACCCAGUGCGCGAUGACCACUACGGCAACAGCCAGAAGCAAUGGAGACGCACCGAGCAGAUCGUCGUCGACGGUGGUGAGGCUGGCGGAUGACGGGUUGGUUUGCGGCAGUGACGAGUUCAUGACUACAACUACGGGCACGACCUCGCAGUUGAUCGGUUUGUAGCUUGGCAUGCCGAGAACUCCCAUGCACGCCCGAAUGAAGCCUCCAUGGGACACCACCGCCAAGUAUGUGUCAGGCACUGUGUGAAAAACGUCUUCGAGGAACUCGUGGCAUCGCGUGUGGAUUUCCUCUGAGGUCUCGCGGUGAUGUGGGUGCCACAAGUCGUCGUGGGGUGACUCGAUGAGACUCCAGUCAACGUGAGGAAAGUCUCGGAUAAGUUCCGUCGUCGGCCGUCGUUUGUCGCAAGUGUGGACUCCGAGCGUCUCCCGCGCCGAUUCGAUGGCUAGGACAGGCAAUUGUGUUCUUGGCGACUUGAUCGAUGUUGACGAGGUGAGAUUAAAGUAGAGGUUGGCUGUUUGGACAGUCCGGGUCAGCGGCGACACGAGGAUGCGAUCGAGGGGCAUCCCCGCGUCGAGUUCCAUGCGCAUAUACACGGAUCGUCUAGAUGCAUCUCUGACACCAGCUUCAUUCAACUCCGCGUCCAAGUAGGCGUCAUCCUUGGAAACUGAAGCAUCCCAUAUCGGCGUGCCGUGGUGUUUUUCUGCUGCAUUAUGAUGGCCUUCAGCAUGUCGGAUGAAAUAGAGCACUUUAACAUCGUAGGCUUCGACGGCGAGGGAAGAUAUGCUCUGCAUAAACGUCUGCCAAUUCGUGGGGAUGCGAUGGUACCGCUCAAAUAAGUGUGGCGUUUGGCUUCGCAGCAGGUCUUCCGUGUGUGUUGCUUCAUAUGCAAAGAACCCAUCCACGCUGCGGAAGUACAUGUUUGGCGGCGGCGGGGCCCCCGCCGCCGCCGUGGCAUUCUCGGUUGCAGGCAUGGC